UUUAUUUUAUAACCUAAAACUAGGACUAUUAGAAACUCAGAUUAGAAAUAAUUAAAAUUAUCAAUAAAUUAAAUACAAAUAUUUAUUAAAGCUUCUAGCUACACCAAUUAAUACCACUCAAGACAAUGGUAGAGCUAUUAUUAGAUCCAAAGAUACGAGUUUGGGUAUUUUUACCCAUAGUAAUUAUUACUUUUCUGGUGGGUAUUGUAAGGCACUAUGUAUCGAUAAUUCUCUCGUCCCAGAAGAAGGUCGAAAUUAUUCAGCUUCAAGACAGCCAAGUCAUGAUAAGAGCUCGACUUUUGCGAGAGAAUGGUAAGUACUUGCCUAAACAGUCAUUUGCGAUGCGGCGACACUUCUUCAACAAUGAGGAAACCGGCUAUUUUAAAGUUCAAAAGAGGACAGCACCCUCUCAGAACCCCAUGACAGAUCCAGGGAUGAUGACAGACAUGCUGAAAGGCAAUGUGACUAAUGUGCUACCCAUGAUUGUGAUCGGAGGCUGGAUCAACUGGAUGUUCAGUGGUUUCCUCACAACUAAGGUCCCAUUUCCAUUGACACUUCGCUUCAAGCCCAUGUUGCAGAGAGGAGUGGAACUGACAUAUCUUGACGCUUCCUGGGUGUCCUCAGCCUCCUGGUACUUCUUGAAUGUGUUUGGAUUGCGCACAAUCUAUGCACUUGUACUUGGCGAGAAUAAUGCGGCAGACCAGUCGAAGGUGAUGCAGGAGCAGAUGUCCGGGGCUGCCAUGGCGAUGCCCCCGGACCCAAAGGCAGCCUUCAAGGCUGAAUGGGAAGCCCUUGAGAUCACUGAACACAAGUGGGCCUUGCAGAACGUUGAAGCGGACUUGUUAUCCACAUUUGCUAAUGAUUCUAAAUAAAUUGCUCAGUUUGUAAGCAGUAUGGAAGUAAUAAUUUGUACUUAUUACUUCCAUGGUAAGCAGUAUAUUAAAUCUAACCUAUUGUGUAGUGGUGAUGUCAUGUGUGGGAGUGAUCAGUGUUGUGUGGAUAUAAGGUUGUAAACUAAGACGGGUAUAGGGUCUAUCUAUCUGAUGAGCUCCCCUGCUGGCUUUAAGAUUUUAUGACUUUAUAUUUUAAUAUGUAAAUAAUGUCAGCUCUUGUUGAGGAAUUACCUAUGUCCUACAUAAUUUAUUGCACACAUCAAUUUAAAGUUCCACUUUUAUUCAUAUUUAUUAAAAGAGGUAUCCUUAAUUAUUUAUUGGACUUAUGUUAUUGUCUGUAAGUUUCUAGCUAGUAUAUACUAGACUUUCUAUAAGUAAAAAUCGUAAAAUACA